ACAGCAUUUUUAGUGCAAUAUUUCUUUGAUGCACUAAGUGACGCUGUUGGUCAGUAUGUUCAGGCUUUAAUCAUUCGUUUUUAGAUCCUCCUCCACUUUCUGACAUCAUACAGUCUGCAGAAUAUUUCUUUCAUUCAGACGAUCUCUGUUUGACACUGAUGCAUCGAGAAAUUCUCUGCCCUGUGUUUUCGUAUUAACUUCAAUCUCCCUGAAUAUUUUGUGCUUGGUCUUCUCUUCUGUAGUGGAGCAGAAGACUUGGAUUAUGUCGGUUCUUUGUUAUUUUUACGCCCAAAGAGGCGCAUCUUUGACGCGGAUUCCAUCAUGGUUAAUGCAGCAUCUCGUGCUGUGCGCCUUUGUCAUGGCCGUUGCGCGCGGGCAGGUCCGUUAUUCUAUUCCAGAGGAGAUGACAAAGGGCUCGCUUGUGGGAAAUAUCGUUCAGGAUCUCGGUUUGGAUGUUAAGAGGCUGAAAUCUGGUCGAGCGCGGAUCUUUACGGAGGACAGUCGUGAGUACAUCGGUCUGAAUGUGGAUAAAGGGACUCUGGUAGUGAAAGAGAGGAUAGAUAGAGAGGAGCUGUGCGCCCAAGUGUCUCCCUGCUCCUUACAUUUUCAGAUUAUUCUAGAAAAUCCCAUGGAGCUGCAUAGAAUUGAUGUGGAAAUAUUAGAUAUUAAUGAUAAUGCUCCUGUUUUCACACGCCGAGAAAUACAGUUUCAAAUAAGUGAAUCAGCUACACCUGGAGCCAAAUUUUCUUUAGAUAAUGCGCACGAUUCUGAUGUGGGUUUCAAUACCCUUCAGAAAUACACACUAUAUCCGCCUGAUCAUUUUUCUCUGAAAGAACAGAUGGGAAAUGAUGGAUUGAAAUAUGUUGAAAUGGUUCUACAAAAAACACUAGACAGAGAAAAUCAAGAGGAGCAUAAAUUAAUAUUGACUGCGUUUGAUGGCGGCAGUCCUCAGAAAUCAGGCACUAUUAAGAUAAGUGUUCUUGUAAUCGACGCAAAUGACAAUGCUCCUGUGUUUAGUCUCCCCGUGUAUAGAGUUUCCUUACUGGAGAAUUCACCAAAGGGCACUGGUGUCGUGAGCGUGACUGCCACUGAUAAAGACAAAGGAACGAAUGCUGAACUGAGGUAUUCCUUUUCACAAACUUCAGGAAAGGCUUUAGAUCUAUUCAAUAUAGAUUCAGAAAGUGGUGACAUUACGGUUAACGGUGACCUGGAUUUCGAGAGGACAAAACAUUUUCAAUUGCAUGUUGAAGCAACAGAUAAAGGUGGCUUAACAGAUUCCAGUAAAGUUAUUAUCGAAUUAAUUGACGUUAAUGACAAUGCACCUAUUAUAAGCUUAAUUUCAUUUUCUAACCCUAUACCCGAGGACGCAGCGCCGGAGACUGUGAUAGCGAUGCUGAAUGUCAAAGAUAUGGAUUCGGGGAGAAACGGACAGGUUAAAUGUUCUAUUGCUCCAAAUUUGCCAUUCAAAAUACAGUCAUCUGCCUUAAAUUUCUAUAGUGUGACAACCGAUCAAUUAUUAGAUCGUGAAAAAAUGUCUGAAUAUAAUAUCACAAUAACAGCCAUUGAUGAGGGCUCGCCUUCUUUCUCUACUAAUAAAACAUUGACUCUGAAAAUAUCUGAUGUCAAUGACAACGCCCCUAUGUUUCAGCGUCAGUCAUACACCGCAUAUGUGAUGGAAAAUAAUUUGCCCGGAGUUUCUGUUUUAUCUGUUACAGCGCAUGACAAAGACGCUGGCAAUAAUGCGCGUAUUUCAUAUUUUCUAGAAGAUAUUCUUGUGAAUGGCGUCUCUGCUUCGACGUUUAUUUCAGUGAAUGCAGAGAGCGGAGAGAUUCUUGCUGUUCGUUCGUUUGAUUAUGAGCAAACAAAAGAAUUUAACAUUCGCGUAAAAGCGCAGGACGGAGGAAAUCCUCCUCUCAGCAGCAACGUGAGCGUGAAAAUAACGAUUCAGGACCAGAAUGACAACGCGCCUCAGGUUCUGUAUCCGGUCCAGUCAGGCGCUUCUGUGGUGGCUGAAAUAGUGCCUCGUUCGGCAGAUGUGGGUUAUCUGGUGACUAAAGUGGUGGCUGUUGAUGUGGACUCUGGACAGAAUGCCUGGCUCUCAUAUAAACUGCAGAAGGCCACAGACAGAGCGCUGUUUGAAGUGGGCUUACAGAAUGGAGAAAUAAGAACUGUACGUCAAGUGACAGAUAAAGAUGCUGUGAAACAAAGACUCACUGUUGUAGUGGAGGACAACGGGAAGCCCUCUCAGUUUCGUUUCUCUUUAUCGUGUCUAUCAUCGCCAUACUGUCAGUCAAAUGCUACAGAUGGAGACGCGAGCGGAUGUUUUACAAAUCUGGAGCGAAUCUUCCAGUUAUUCCGUAUUAUCCGCCUCUUUACGCAGACGUAG